GGAGGUGCACAUCUGCAGCGAAAAAUCCAAGCAGCUAAUGAGUCGGCGGAGUCGUUUCGCGUCGUUCUACGCAUCACUAUCGCUUUGUUGGUCUUCACAUUAGUGUUCACACUUCUGAUGUUUCUGCACUAUAAACGAACGAUUAGCAUAUGGCCGAGUCUCCAUCCUUACCAUAAGCCGGUGCCCACCACGACUGGAGUCCCCUUUGAAGACCUCACGGAACCAGGUCCUGAAGAUAUUUACAAUACAUAA